AUCUCACCCUUCAUCCUCUCCUUUACCUCGGAGUUCUCGCCCGACUUAUCGCCAUCAUGAAGGUCAUCUAUAUCGGAAUUUUCAAGAACGAGACCAAGCCCGCGGUCCCGUUGACAUCCGUGUCAGACCUUACAAGUUACAGUCGCUUCACAAGAUCGAGCAUCAGCGAGUUCGUGGCAUUCUUCGCAAGUCAGGUCGCUGAGCGAACACAACCAGCGCAAAGACAAGAUGUUGAGGAGAAAGAAUACAUGUUCCACGCCUAUGGCCGCACAGAAGGCGUUUGCGGCAUAUGUAUCACCGACCUAGAAUAUCCCUCGCUUGUCGCUCAUCAAGUCUUGUCCAAGGUCGUCGACGAAUUCCUGUCCAAGUACCCACGCUCCGCCUACGCCAACGUCACCAAAGAAAACAUCGAGAACAAGUCGUUCCCCUUUCCAGAGCUCGCCGAUUACAUCAAGAAGUACCAGGACCCGCAACAGGCCGACAGCAUCAUGAAGAUCCAGAAAGAACUCGACGAGACAAAGAUUGUGCUGCACAACACCAUCGAGAGCAUCUUGGAGCGCGGAGAGAAGAUCGAUAAUCUGGUCGCAAAGAGCGACGGUCUGAGUGCACAGAGCAAGAUGUUCUACACACAAGCCAAGAAGCAGAACUCUUGCUGCAUCGUCAUGUGAAACGCUUGUAAUGUCCUGGUUUGUACGGCGUUUUUUGUUGGAUCCAAUACUUGAAAUGACUCCAGCGCGUUGCGUCCCUUUUGAAUAAGUCAUAUUCCGUCUUGAUGUUUCUCAUGUUCAAGCCUGCAGUUGGUGGUGUUCAAAUGAUUUCGGUAGGUAUACACUCACAAAGUUGUCAGCGCUACAUCCCUUUCCAAUACACUUCUUACUCCAACCAACACCAAUCCUUUCCUUUUCAGUCACAUUCAGCUAUCAUUCUUCCAUCUCGUGAUCAUCCUCUAACCCCU